AUGUUAGCAACAACAGCACCAAACUCUUUAGUCAUGAAUCCUACGUCAAUGUUAGUAGAGAUGAAAAGCUUCAUUCCUUCUUCAUAUACUUUCGAAACAGAAAUCCAGAAGAUAAAGCAAGAACUUUUAACAAGUACUUUGGACUGUUGUGCGAAAGAUGAAACAAAUGAAGAAUAUCUUUAUGAAAUGCAGGAUAUUAUUGACCAUUUACCCAAAUUGCCUGAAAUUCAGCAACAAAAGCUCACUAUUCCUGAAUUCGAUGAAAUAGAAGUCAAAGCAACUGACUCAGUAGAAAUAAAGAAGUUCAUACGAAAGGUAAACUAUGAAUUCCUUGGAUUUCAUUGCAACCAUAAAGUUAUGGACAUAUAUAAAUCUGAAGAAUUUAAGACCUACGACAACUUUGUUUCGUUAGUUGCUGAGUGUGUCUUGCAGAUAAGAGAUAAAGAUAGAAGAGGUAAGGUAUGGAACCAACAGAUAAAACCAGCAGCCUUUGAGUUAAAGAGAGCAAUUGACGCCUUAGUCAUACUAGCAGGUAAGGUUUCAGAAUAUAACGCAAAAAUGAACCCGCAAUGUUCUAAAUGUAAAGCAGCAAUGAGGAAAUAUAACUACUCCGUCAAAGAGAUAGAACGUAUGCGAAACGACUAUGCAGAUUUAAAGAAAGAUAUGUCAAACAUUGAGUUUGAAACAGUUGGAAAGAUAGACAAUGACACCAAAGUGGUUAGAAUAGGUGAUUUAAACGUAAGAUACUCAAAGAAAUACAACAAAUAUU